AUGAUCCCCCGGUCCCCAGUUCCUUCUUUCAAAAAGCACGCACAAACCCACCCCGCUCGCGCUGACUGCCACCUUCGACUUGGCUCUCGCCUCGGCAGAGCAGGCGACUCGCAUGCUCCAUGUACAGCACCCACAACACAUAUAGCUUCUUCGGCACGGGAAAAGAACGAAACGGGCUGGACCCUCCCCUAUCAUCCCGUCUUCGCUUUAUGGAUCUCCCCCGGGGGUUCCCCUGGUAAUUCUGUCAAGCCUUGGCGGGUAAACAUAUUGAAACAAGGACCUGUCGUUCGUUGGAAAGUGAACCCUCGAGCACACACUCGGCGCAACGCAACCACAUACAUGGAGACGUGGGGCAAGGACCCCCGGGAGUUGGGCCGAGAUGGCAUAUAG